AAUAAAAACAGGUUACAUUAGAUCAGGUUUUGUGGAAGAGAAGUUUUUGUCACAGUUUUUGUCACGUGUGUGACUGCUACGUGUGUGAAAUCUUAAAAAUAUCUACAAAAAAGAGCUUUACAUUAGUUAAAAAUAAGUAAAAUUUCCAUCCAACUACAUAGAUUAUUGUAUAUAAGAAAACUGUGAUUAAAAUUUCAACUUUGGCCUUGAAUAGUUUCAAGAAUCAAGCUUCUAGUAUGCACAUAUAUGCAUUUUUACUCUAUUAUAAAUUCCUUUUUGAGCCCGCAAUAUUUGGCUUCAGCUGUAAUUCACUUUGCACAUGAGCACAAGAGAUUUGCAUAUGACCUAGUGAAGGACUUGAAUGAUGGAGGCCAGAGAAGCAAAUGAUGCACAUAAAGCCUCAAAUUCAGCACCAAGACUAUCAGGAUCUGAAAGAAAUAAAAGAUGGCGUGAGAAGAAGGGGGCUGAAUUUAAGAAAGCUGAGAGCCAGAGAAUUGAGAAAAGAAGGAAGAGAAGAGUUACAGAAAUGUCUGAAGCAGACUUGAAGAAGUACAAGAUGGCAGCAGCUGACCGCAAAAGAAAAAGUCGCAUGCUAAAAAGGCAGAAAGAGGUAGAAGAAAGCAGGGGGACUUCUUCAACAGAAACAACAAGUCCUUCAGCAUCAACCAGUUAUCAGCCAUUUAAAAGACCGCAGUCCCUUGGAAAGGCAAUAAACAGGACGAUUAGGUCUUUGCCCCAGUCUCCAAGGAAGAGACAAGUGGUGGUCAGUGGCCUUGCAAAACGCUUUGCCAUAAAUGUAGAAAAAGAAAUGGAAGCUUCGUUGUCAGGAGGUGGAAAUGCCCUGUCUGAUGAAGUGCGGAGCACAGUCCUCCACUUCUUCUUUAGAUCUGAUGUGUCAUACACCAUGCCAGGACUAAAGGAUGAGAUGACUAUCUGGAAGAAUGGGAAGAAAGAACACCUUCGUAAACACUAUCUGACCAUGUUUUUACGCGAAGCAUUUGCAGUCUUUCAAGCUACACAUCCUGCAGUGAGCAUUGGCUUCUCGACAUUCUGCCGCCUACGACCUGCAAAUGUACUGCUACUGAAGAAUACUCCAAAAGACCAAUGCAAGUGCAAGAUUCAUGAGAACUUUCGUUUGAAGUUAAAAGGUCUUGACAGUACUGUCAAGCACGACGUCUGGGAGACCAUUCUUUGCAACUCGAGUGACCUUCAGUCAAACUGUUGGAUGGGAAUCUGUGAGACAUGUAAAGAUGGAAAGUUGCUAGAAGCUAAGUUUUCCACAGAGCUUGACAUGUCUAAAAAAACGGAAUGGUUUCAGUGGGAGACAGAUGCAAAUGACAUGCUAAGAAAACAAGCAAAGAGAGGCUGCUAUGGGGAACUUGUAGAGCUUGUCAUACAGACACUUCCAGAAGCACAGGAGCACACAAGAGUCAAAAGGAUCCAAAGUGAUGCAUUUGAAAUGCUCAAAGAAAGCAAUUGGAUUUUGCAGAUAGAUUUUGCUAUGGCAUACUCUUGUGAGUACCAAGAUGAGGUACAAUCCGCGCUCUGGAGCCGUGCAAGUGUUACGCUGUUCACGGCAGCAGUAUUCUACAAAGAAACAACUAAGACAUAUCUGAUAUGUUAAGAUACAAAGGAUAAAGGGAAGGAUACUGUAUAUACCUUUAUCAACCAGCUAUAUGACCACAUUGUGCAGGAUGUUCCCACAUCUGAUGGUGCUGGUGAUGUCAUGUUUAGUGAUGGGCCGUCCUCAGAAUUUAAAAACAAAUUCUGCAUGAAGAUUCUUUAUUGCCUAGCCCAGAAAUUACAGAAAAAUUUCUCAUGGAAAUACUUUGCCUCUUCACAUG